ACGACGCCCUCUGCAGCGUGCAGCGCCCAGCGAGUUGGGCAACUGUGGUUUCCUCUGAGCUCAGGCGCUGGGGCCUCUGCAGGGCAUGGAGGACACGGUCGUGCGGCCUUCGGUGUUUGUGGUGGACGGACAGACGGACGUCCCUUUCAGGAGGCUGGGGCCCAGGCGCAAGCAGAGGUGCUGCACUCCUGCCCGGGUGGGCUUGGGCCUCCUGCUGCUGCUCCUGGGGGCCGUGCUGGCCGCCCAGAGCUGGUUCCUGCUGCAGCUGUACUGGCGUGUAGAGGAGGUGGUCGCCCGCCUGCCGGAGAAGGAUGCGGAGUCCUGGGAGAAGCUGAUACAAGAGCGGAGAUCCCACCAGACCAACCCCGCAGCACACCUUACAGGAGCCAACUCCAGCUUGACGGGCAGUGGCGGCCCCCUGCUGUGGGAGUCCCAGCUGGGCCUGGCCUUCCUGAGAGGCCUCAGCUACCGCAACGGCGCCCUAGUGACCACCAAGGCCGGCUACUAUUACAUCUACUCCAAAGUGCAGCUGGGAGGCGUGGGCUGUCCCCAGGGGCUGGCCAGUGGCCUCCCCAUCACCCACGGGCUCUACAAGCGCACACCCCGCUACCCAGAGGAGCUGGAGCUGCUGGUCAGCCGGCGGUCACCCUGUGGACGGGCAAACGGCUCCCGCAUCUGGUGGGACAGCAGCUUCCUGGGCGGUGUGGUGCACUUGGAGGUGGGCGAGGAGGUGAUCGUCCGGGUGCCCGACGAGCGACUGAUCCGCCUGCGUGACGGCACGCGGUCCUACUUUGGAGCUUUCAUGGUGUGAGGAAGGAGGGACGUGGACUGGACGGAGAGACCUCCGAGGCCCCUCGGGCUGUCGCAGCCUGGCAGCAGAGGUCUGGGGGGCCUCCCUGGGAACCCAAAACCAGCAGGUGGACAGCUGGGCGGACACCUCCAGGGAUCGCAUCCUCACCACCUAGAGCGGCUGAAGACCCAGCAGGCCCUUUUGAGGGACCCCCACCCCCAGCCCCAACUUCAGACCCUGCCAAGGACAAUUCUCAUGACAAAGACCUGGGGCUGGGACGCUGGCUGAGGCUGCUGGGGACCGGGGUUCCAUCCCCAGACAUCUCCCCGCCCUCCAGAUUACAGACAAGGACGUGAAGACUUGGGGGUCUGCUGGUGGCCCCUGAGUAGAACAUCCAGCUGAUUUGCCUGAUAUUCAGGAACAAGGGACAAGGGGCGGGUAUUUAUACUUUUCUUCCCAAAGAAGGUGGGAUUCCAGGGAUCGGGGCUGGAGCCUGGCAACUGUGUGGCUCUCCCUGCAUCACCAGCAGAGCCAGGAGGACACUGACCACCAGGACUGGCCCACGCGGAAAGCCCGGCCCAGUGCCACACACAGUCGUGGACCGUGGUGGAGUCGGUCCCGGGGUGGAUGUCCAGCUACCGAGGUGGCCUCCGCUCGCUGGCCGUGUCCCGUCACUGCUGGGCACACACAGCCCACGAGGAUGCUGCUGUCAGGUCCUCACCACCACACAGGAAGUGCUCGCUGCGUGCACGAAAGGAGCAAAGGAUGACUCGACAAUCACACCUGCCUGGUCAUGGAGACUCCGUGACAGUCACAGGAAACGGCUCGCAGCAGCUCUGCACCCCACACCCCAGCCACCUUCCCGGGUGGGGUGUCAGAGUCACGCUGGCCCCUGGGACCUUCACGGGCAGACCUGGUGACCCCAUGGUGUCCCGGGGACAAACAUAUGUCACACGCCGAGCCUGAGGGUCCCCUUGGCCAGGACUGACACAUCCUGGGGUCAGGCAUGGACCUGGCCUGUGCUGCUCUUUGCAAUAAACAGCGAACACUU